UUAGGGUUUGCGGGCAUUGCGCGAUGGAGGAGGACGAUGGCGCCGCGCCGAUCUACUUCCUCCCUCGCCUCGCUCUCCCAUCGCUCGCGCGGCCCGGCGAGUCGAUCCUCCCCGCGGUUUCUUGGCUCGUCGCCACGCUCCUCCUGGCGGGCUUUUUCGUCUAUGUUGCGAUCCAGUGGCAGCGCAAGCUGGCUAUCCAGUGGAUGAAGGCCGCAGCUCACGCCAAGCGGCGAUCCAGGGGCAGGGUCAGGGCGCCAAGCACCGCGCACAUCUGGAGCCAGGAAUCCAGCAGCUCGCGGCCGCGGCCAUCGACGUGCUUCGUCUGCCUCGAUACCAUCACUCCCUCGCAAUCCCUCUCCUCGGUCUCCUCCGGCGCGGUCUACUCGCUCCACCGCUGCCUCGUCUGCGGCGUGGCAUCGCAUCUGGGCUGCUCCAAGAGCGCGGCCAAGGAUUGCAAGAGCGUCGCCAUGGCCGGGUCCUCUUCUAGUUUGCUCCACCAGUGGGUCGAGAGGUGGAUGGACGUGGAUGAUAUCCCAGAGGACAGGGCCUACUGCAUGCACUGUGACGAGCCUUGCAACGCGUCGUUCUUGGGUGGAAGCGCGAUCUGGCGGUGUAUGUGGUGUCAGCGCCUAGUUCAUGUGGAUUGCCACUCCAUCCACUCGAAAAACUCGAGUGAGCUCUGUGAUCUUGGGAUGCACAAGAGGUUGAUCGUCUCGCCGCUGUGGGUGAAAGAUGCCGGGAAGAGGAUGGUCGGGCUUAUCAGCUCCAUAACUCAGGGAGCCAACGAGCUGGCCUCGUCCGUGCGUGGACAGAUCAGGAAACGAAGGAAAAAGGGGAAGAGGUCGAGUGAAAAUGUAAACGCUUUGGCUUCGAGCUCCUCCGAGGCUUCGAGGAUCUCCACCGACGGAGUGAUUUCUGAUGGAGAUAGUAUGCGAACCAGCUCGGCAGAACUUAAGGAAGUUGACGAGGUGACGAAUGGAAAGCUCAACAACGAGCUGGAGGUGGUACACGGUCCCUCGGCGAAGCAAAAGUAUCAGCUGGUGGAAGUUCCGGGGGAUGCGAGGCCUUUGCUCGUGUUUAUCAAUCGCAAGAGUGGAGCUCAGCAUGGGACGGCUCUUCGACGGCACUUAAACAUGCUGCUCAAUCCCGUCCAGGUGUUUGAGCUUAGUAAGGCUCAGGGACCGGAUGCGGGAUUGGAGUUCUUCAAAGGCUUCGCGCACUUUCGGAUUCUGGUUUGCGGCGGGGAUGGCUCGGUUGGCUGGGUUUUGGACGAGAUUGAGAAACGUAACUACGAGUCUCCUCCUCCCGUAGCCAUUUUGCCGAUAGGAACUGGGAACGACUUAGCCAGAGUUCUUUCGUGGGGGGGAGGAUAUGCUGCCGUUGGAAGGCAAGGUGGACUUUACAACAUGCUACACGAGGUUGAUCAUGGAGCGGCUUCGAUGCUUGAUCGAUGGCUUGUUCGCAUCUCUGACAAUUACUCUAAGCCGGGAGAGGAGAUUGUGGCUGAGAAGUACCUGAAUAACUACCUCGGGAUCGGGUGCGACGCAAAAGUGGCUCUAGAUAUCCACAUGCUUCGUGAAGGGAAUCCAGAAAAGUUUUACAAUCAGUUCCUCAACAAAAUGCUGUAUGCUAAGGAGGGUGCGAAAGACAUCGUGGACAGAACUUGCUCUGAUCUCCCCUGGCACCUCCGUGUCGAGGUCGACGGCUCGGAAAUCAUCAUACCAGAGGACACGGAAGGCGUUUUGUUCACAAACAUUGGCAGCUACAUGGGCGGCGUGGACUUGUGGCAGAACGAAGAGGAGCACGAAGACGAGUUUGGGCCGCAGUUCAUGCACGACAAGAUAAUUGAAGUGGUCGGGAUUUGUGGGACUUGGCAUCUGGGAAAGCUGCAGGUUGGUUUGUCCCGUGCUCGGAGGCUUGGACAAGGACGUCAUAUCAAGAUAUGGAUGUCCGCUAGCUAUCCUGUACAGAUCGAUGGCGAGCCUUGGAUCCAGCACUCGUGCACGUUUGAGAUAUCACACCACGGACAGGCUUUCAUGCUCAAGCGCACGCAAGAAGAUGCUAGAGACCACGCCGCUGCGAUCAUGACAGAGAUUCUCGAGAACGCCGAGUGUGGUGGAGUUAUAAAUGCUUCCCAAAAGCGAGCGCUUCUCCAGGAGAUGGCAGUACGCUUGUCCUCCUGAGAGAGUCUCUUUUGCGGCGUUUGUACAUAGCUAUAGAGAGUAGGUGUUCGUAUGUGAACCGUCGGAUCUUCGUCCACAGGUAGCGGCUGAGAUGCGUAGUAAAAGAGAGAGAACGAGAAACCACGCACUGUGCGUGAAGCUUUGGAUUCGUUUAGAAAUAAAAGUUAUUUUGUAACA